AUGUCAUACGACAACAAGUGCACAUGGGCAAGUUUGGACUCUGCCCUUAAGGAACAUGUUAUUCUCAAGAUUGUUGGGACGUUGGAGUGCCUGGUGUGCUCCGAAUUGAUGCAUGUACCGUUUCUUGCGUCGUGUGGCCACUCAUUCUGCUAUGGAUGCUUAAAUCUGUGGUUUGAAUCCAAAGUCAACUGCCCUACGUGCCGUACAGACAUGGAAACUCAGCCCGUACUAAACAUUGUGCUCCGUGACGUGAGCAAGACGAUUUCCGAUGUGAUCUUGGAUACUUUGCAAGACGAAGCUCGCCAACUGUUGCUAGAAGCGCGGAGCGAGCGCAUUCUGGAGUACGAAGACGAUAUGCGGCAUGGCCGUUUGUUUGGCGAAGCAUUCAAGUCUGCGCCGACACUUGUCGAUACCUCAGACGGCGUACCCCGCUGCGGAAACUGCCACUGGGAGGCCCAUGGCUCUGUGUGUUUGCAUUGCGGUUCUCGUUUCCGCGUGCCACGACUGGAUCUGUACUACGACCUGGAAGAUGGAGACGCUUACGACGAAGAUGGAGACGAAGUGGAACUCUUUGGAGUGGCGCAGGACGCAUAUGACUCGAACGACAGCUUUGUGGAUGAUCGUGAGAUCGAGGAAGGUGAAGGGCUGGACAUGGAGCUGGGGCUGGAGCUGGGUUUAGGGCGCGCCAGCCUGGGGCUGGAGGACAAUGCGGAGCGCCAUCUGAACGGCAGCGUGGCUAGCGCGCAAGAACUGUGGCAGGGCUUCGAGUCGCACGGGCCCCCGCACCGCUCGCCGCGCGCGUGGUUUGAGGAUUCGCGCGAAGGUUCGCUCGAGUCGCUGCCAGGAUUCUUUGGUGUGGACAUGGAAUCAGCCAUGGAUGAGCUCCAUAACCGGCAUGUGCUGACUUAUAUCGAUGGCCACGCGGAUGAGUCGGACGACUCUGGAGAAUCUGUUGAGGAAAUCAACCCUCGCAGGCGAUAUCACAUUGUGGAUCUGGACUCCGAGUGA